AUGUUUGGAAAAGACGGUUCUAUCAAGAUAUUACUGGUCCCCGCGCUCAUAAUAAUGUUAUUACUCUCAAUAAUAAUAAUAGUUGGUACUGUUUUUUACUGCAAAUACAACAGGGAAAUGGAAAAAAGAAAAAGAGAAAUUGCGAACACGAACCGACUGGUGAAGAAGAUUAUCGUUCAAAAACAAAUGAACAUCGAUAAAGAUUUUCAGGAUAUUAUGAACAUGCCUGUCGUUUUGAUUCAACAAUUGAAAAGUGGUGAAGUUAGAAAUGGGAUGGUAUCAGAUGGUGAAUAUGAGAUGUCAUUAGACGAACGUUGGGAAUAUCCUCGAAAGAACUUGCGCAUAAUAAAACCUUUGGGGGCAGGUCAAUUCGGACAGGUUGUUCAAGCUGAAGCGAGCAAUAUUUUAGGACAGGAAAACGGAACUACAAUUGUAGCUGUAAAAAUGCUCAAAGACAAUCAUACUGACUCAGACAUGAUAGAUUUGGUAUCUGAAAUGGAGGUACUAAAAGUACUAGGAAACCAUCCAAACAUUGUACAACUACUUGGCUGCUGCAGCCAAGGAGGAUCCCUGCUUUUAAUUACAGAGUAUGCUGAGAACGGAAACUUGAAACAUUUCCUUCAAAGACGCCAAAAUCAAUCCACUGAAAUGGCUGAAAAUACUCUUUUGGCUUAUGCUCGUCAAAUUGCAAAUGGGAUGACUUACCUAGCUUCUAUGAAGUGCAUUCACAGAGAUUUGGCUGCUCGAAACAUUCUUGUAACAGCAGACUACACGAUGAAAAUAGCGGAUUUUGGCUUAACCAGAAAUGUAACAGAUUCGGAGUACUACAAGAAAACAACAGAAGGCGUACUUCCCAUAAAAUGGAUGGCACCUGAAGCUUUAUUUGACAACAAAUACUCGAUAAAAUCUGACAUGUAA